GUGGGUGGGUGUGUACGUGCGCGUGUGUUGCGUUUACACUAAGCUGUAAUCUCAAAUACACAUUUUGUUUAGUGUAAUGCUUAUUACACAUAUCAAAGUAAUGAAAUCCACAUGUGCAAUGACCAUUACAUUACAGUUUAAAAUAAAAUGACUUAUCAAACAUCGUAAUCAAAUCAACAUGUAAAUAUGUAAUGCUCAUUACAUUACAUGGUUGAUUACGUCAUACCAAACAGGCUUGUUAGCAAAUACGAGAUUGAAAUCUUUUUAGGGCAACUACCAGAUAAACAUAAUGCCUCCAAAUUUUUGCUAGGAAUAGGGAAGCGCAUGAAUGGAUUGCUAGGAAAAGGAUUUUUUUGCUGGGGCAAAAUAAUGCCAGAAUGGCCUGUUGCAGCAUCCCUUGUAGUUGCCUGCCACUGCCUCCCUUGUCGGUGCUACAAUCCAUCGCAGCCCAAAUUUGUGUUAGCAAUCCGACAGCUUAAUCGGUGUUGCCAUCCAUGCCAUCGCCACUUUGAUUUUU